AUGUCAAGCAACAGCACGAACAGCACAUCGGCAGCCGAUUCAGGCGGCGGCUCCGGCCAGUCGGGUGGCAGCUCUGAGUUGAUUAUCGCCAUCGCCGCGCUGGCCAUUUCCAUCGUCGCCCUGAUCAUUGCCGUUCUCCAGGCUCUGCAACAGUACUUUAGCUCUGCCGAAGGUUACUCGUCGUGCAACGAAAAGAUCAUUGGCGGCUGGUCCAAAUUUACCAAACGCAAGCUCAUCGCAACGCAAUUUCGCUUCGAGGUCCGCUUCCGGAUACCUGUUAUAUUUGUUGCGCCGCCACAGAACGCAUAUGGCCCGCUGGGUGACGACGAUACAAAGGAGAUUGUAUAUAUGGACGGUUCCGUCGAAAACUACCGCAAGACGCACACGUGGACGCCAGAAGAGUUUGAUAUCAAGCAGAGGGCCAAGCUCAAGGGCACCGACACGCGCGAUACGAUCCACACCGCCGACAACGAGAUGACCACCUGGCUUGCGCUCCUCAUGGCGAUUCAGCGCAUGGAGCGUGAAUCGCGUGAGUGGCAGGAACGCAUCUGCACUCCCUACGUGCCGAUUGCGCCCGAGGAAGCGCAAGACCGCCACACCAUGGCGGUGGGCAUGCAGGAGAAGACGCGGUCGUGGGACACAAUGCCCGACGGCCUGAAGAAGCCCUAUGCGACUACGGCCAUGUGUCACAUGGUCGAAAUCAUGGCAAUGCUUGGCAUCUACUGGAAGGAGUUUGACCGGAGCAAAAACCUGUACCGCGCACAGGGCAACGGCUUCCUCGUGACUGGGUCUUUGGUGCCGAACCUUGGUGUUGCGUUUACAUUUGAGAAGGUCGGCAAGACUUGGUUCCAGGAGAACCGCAUCGUGCCGCACGACAGCGUCAAGCAGCUGUGCUUUGGCUUCUGCCCGACCAUCUUCCAGGCCGGCAUCAAGACACCGCUCUACACGGACGAGCCGAAAGACGAGGGCACGCUGCAGCUGGGCACGCCCGCCGAAGUCGCCGAGACCCUCGUGUCCUUUGGCUGCAACACGAACACGGUCAACUACUUCCGCCUCGGCAAUGAGAACACACGCUACUCGCAUUUGUUCCCCGUCACCUUUGAGAUGCUGGGCAUGGUCGGCGAGGCUAUGCAAAUCCACCACACCGCUUUUACGAUGCUUCCGAACCCAACCUAUUUUACGUGGAACAAGUCUGCAUUUUCGCUCGUGGGCUUGAUGCAAGCCUUGGGCCGGUCGCUGGAUGAGGCCAAUGUGGAGGAAAAUCUGUUACCGCGCGGCUCGCGUCUUUCCAGUCUCCGCAAGGAAAUCGAUUCUGUCAUCGCCGCGGCGACGGAGGACGCCAUCGUCAAGCGUCGCAAUGACAUUUUCCAGGCUGACCAGCGCAAGACGGCCGAAGUUAAGAAGAUGGCCGACGCUCGCAACCAUGCCUUGCGCAAGCGGGGCCCUCCUCGCGCCAAGCCGGCCCAGCCAUCGGCCCUCUCCCGUCGCCUUCAGAGAUUCCGGCACCGCACAACGAAGACACUGAUUCGCAUGGGCGUCAUACCGGACCCCAACGCCGUGGCCCUCGCAAAACACCAGCGCCAACUUUGUCCCGACGUACAGGCUCGCGAGACGUUCCCGCGCUACUUGGAGACACUGCACCAUGCGAUCAAGCGGUGUGACCUGUUCUUGGAGCGCAACUACGACCUCGUGCAGCACGUCUUUGCCCUGCACCUACAGGAGGUACUCUGCUACCUCAAUUCUCGCCCAUAUAGCCCCGACGACGAACCGCACGACACGCCCGUGCCCAGCGUGGGAGGUCCUCGGCAGCGUGGCGGCAACCAGUCGUCACCCGCAGCCCACCAUGGCCGCGGCCGGCACGAGCCGCAUGCCGCCCAGACACCGCACACGUACACGCCGCCGUCCGACAACACCGAGUACUACAACGAACAGUACAUCCCACUGCACAGCAUCGACACGGCGUCGUGGACCUUGCGCCACCGUCUGCUCAUGCGUCUCUACGUCACCUUUAUCCGCAAGCGGAUCGCGGCGGUUCCAAUUCCUGACGCGUUGUCAACGUAUACCCAGGUACGCCGGGGCCGGGAGACAGCGAUUGAGCUCGCACGCCAAGACUCGUCGGGGCUGUCGGCGCUUGCCGAGGUGGCUGAGACGGAGUCUGGUAGUGCCUCCGCAUCCGCCAAGUCGACGAAUCCGCUGGUGGCUGCUGUGUCUGCCCUGUCGUCGGCGGCGGCCUCGAUAUCGGCCACUGUAUCAUCGUCGACCGCUCCAUCCACGGCUUCGCCCGCUGUUGCGUCACCAGAGUCACCUGUGGAGUCACCGUCUUCGCCCACGGCCUCGCGCGAAGCGCCCCCAGGCCAGUCGACCACCGGCGCCAACGCGGCGGUGGCCGCGCGGGAGCGCGAGAAGGACACGUUCACGCGGCCGACGACGGUGCGUGAUAUUGAGAACAUUUGGUUCACGCUGACGUUCCGGAUGAUCUGCUGGCUCAUGCUUCAUGACUUCCACAAGAAGGACGUGCAGAUCAACAAGAGCGACGUGUAUGACUCGCGGCUGGCCGUGUACAUUCUGUAG